AUGGAGUGGCCACCACAAUCAUCAGAUCUGAGUCCAAUUGAAAAUACAGAAGCUGACUUGGAGGAAGCCGUAUUUUCCGCGUGGAUUAGUAUUACAUUUGAGAAAAUUCUUCACUUUAUAGACCCAAUGCCAGAACGUAUUAAUGAAGUAAUAGAAAAAAAUGGACAUGUAAUCCACUAUUGA